AUGGUUGCGCGUGUCGGCUGCUUGAUCCAUUUGUCUCCCCAGCGUUAUUACGCCGACUUGGGGUCCAUCAACCUCGGCGUGUCCGGGGAUCAGACGCAACACCUUCUUUGGCGGCUGCAGAACGGCGAGCUGCCCGACGUGCUGCAACCCGAGGGCAUGGACGCGCAAGACACGGUCGGAGGAGUCAAGGCCGUCGUCAAGUACGUGCGAGAGCAAAGGCCCGACGCACUGGUGUCCGUGAUGGCCCUAUUCCCGAGAGCUGACCCCAACGACAAGGAGAACCCAACCCCGUGGCCGGUGAUCGAUGAGGUGAACGGCUUGCUGGAGCACAUGCUGAGGCUCAAGUUCGGCACGAAAAAGGUUCACUUCAUUGACUGCAAUGACAGGUAUGUUGGUACGCAAUACUUCGGCUUCUGUCCGUAUGCCCCCCUUCCUCUCGGAUUCGUUCGUACGGCGUAG